AUGCAAUACUGGGCCCUUUUAGCAUCGUUGGCGGUUUCUGUGCAUGCGUUCGCAGACACAGCGCCGCUUUUCGCAUCGUCAGCGCUUUCUCAGGAGCCUUUCAAGUACAUCACCCUGUCGCACAACGUGAGCCAGAAAAUCAAGGACUUCACCUCCCAAUUGUGUGCCGGUGAUGAGAAAUUGGUUAUUUAUCGGGUUGGAGAGCUUGAUUUCGAGUCGCUGCUGGGUGUCAGCCAUCAGGACUGGCAGGUGAUCUCCCAUGUGCACUAUAAGUCUGGGUCUGACUUGGACUUGGAGGUCGAUGAAAGCUGCUCUGUGGAGUACAGAUUUGGAUCAGUUGGUGAUGCGUCAGAGUCGCCAGCCAGUGUCAUUUAUGUUGAUUUGGAUGAUGGUGUAUCCCACAAGUUUGAAGAGUUGUUGACUCAUAAACACGUCAUUGUGCAACUGAAGCCUAAGUUUGCCAUUAGCCACUCUCAUGGUGACUCCAUCAAGGAGUUCUUGGGUGAGACUAAGGAUUUCUUGGAUGAGGCUUUGCAUUUGAACCUCAACAACAUUGACAAGAGGUCAUACGAGUCUGAUGACGAGGAUCUCGAGAAUGACAAUGAGUACGAGGACUUGGAAGAUGAAUACAGAGCUGCUGAGGCUCUUCUUGUAGCAAACGAGGACGAAGUUGAGGGUGACGCCGAGACUACCACUAGCAAACCCAGCAAAGACACAAAGAGAAAGACUAACUCUAAUUUGUUUACCGAGUACCAGUUUUUUACACCUGGAGUGUGGCUGGCCAUUAUUGUCUCGCUUUUCUUGGUUUAUGUUGCCACUACUGCCGUUAGUUGGAUCACUUCGAUCGAAUUGUCGUACAAGAGUUUCGAGAAGCAGAUUGACUACGAGAAGAAGAAUGAGUAG